AUGUUCUUGGCUGUGCUGAUUUUUUAUGCGGUUGUACUUUCCUCCAUUUCUGGAAAUGAAGUAGAUUAUGAUGAUGAGGAAGGUCCAUUUAUCCCUAUUUCCACAGAGGAAUUCACAGGAUUUAUGGGUAGAGCUCAACCAAAAUGCCAAGAGUAUAAAUUUAGCUGUCAGAGGUUUGUGAAAUGUUUUGAAAAUUGUAAUGAGCAGCUGAUUUACGCCAGCGAACUGAAUGGUGUGACUGGAGGUUUGACCGAGGAGCAAAAAACGGAGGCAAAACGUGUGAAAACAAAUCCCUGUGUUGGCAUGUUGGCUUAUUGUCUUUCCGUCGAUUUCUUCACACUUCGAAGGAUUCUCCGGCUUCAAUCAGCGGAUGCGUUUUGA